CGGCCCAACCAUUUCGCUUCGCCGCUUAAACCCUAAACCCAAACCCUGUGUUCCCCUUCCUGCCGCUCCAGCCUUCUCCCAGUCCCAGUCCCCGCGCGCCACCAUGUCGAUGGCGGUGGCCUCACUCCGCUUCCUCGCGCGCCGCCAACACCGCCUCCGUCUCGCAGCGCCGCUCGCUGUCCCCGGCGCGCGGGCGGCAUUCCUCUCUGACGUGGCCGAGGACGCCCAGCUGGCGGCCCCGCCGCCGCCGGGGCGGAAGGUGCUGGAGAGCUUCCGCGAGGAGUUUGAGAUUGGCGGUCGCCUCAUCGCCUUCGAGACCGGGAAGAUAGCGCGCUUCGCAAACGGAUCCGUCGUGAUCUCCAUGGACGACACCCACGUCCUCUCCACCGUCGCCGCCUCCAAGUCCUCGGACCCCGUCCGGGACUUCCUCCCUUUAACAGUUGAUUACCAAGAGAAGCAAUAUGCUCAAGGUGUUAUUCCCACGACCUAUAUGCGCAGAGAAGGUGCCCCUAAGGAAAGAGAACUUUUGUGUGGGCGCAUAAUCGAUCGACCAAUACGGCCAUUGUUUCCUCGUGGCUUUUACCAUGAAGUCCAGAUCACGACAAAUGUUAUUUCCUCAGAUGGAAAACAAGACCCAGAUGUUAUGGCCGCAAAUGCAUCUUCAGCUGCACUGAUGCUAUCUGAUAUACCGUGGAAUGGGCCGAUUGGAGUAAUACGUGUUGGGAGAAUUGAUGGGAAUUUUGUGCUGAACCCAACAGUGGAUGAGUUAGGUUUGAGUGAUCUCAACCUAAUUUAUGCAUGUUCACGGGAUAAAACACUAAUGAUAGAUGUACAAGCUCGUGAGAUAACUGAAAGGGAUCUUCAAGCAGGGAUGAAGCUUGCACACUCAGAGGCAGUUAAAUAUAUCGACCCUCAAAUUAGACUGGCUAAGCGAGCUGGAAAAGAGAAAAGAGAGUACAAGCUUUCAAUGAUUUCAGAUGGAUCCUACGAGAAAAUUAGAACCUUAUCGGAAGCACCAAUCGAAGAAGUCUUCACUGAUAAAACAUACGGCAAGUUUGAGCGUGGAGAAGCCUUGGAAAAAAUCACACAAUCUGUAAAAUUAAAGCUUGAAGACGAAUGUGAUGAGGAAAGCUUGAAGUUUCUUUCCAAGGCAGUUGACACAGUGAGAAAACAGGUCAUACGCAAGAGAAUAAUUAAGGAAGGUCUUAGACUCGAUGGUAGACAACUUGAUGAGGUGCGGCCAUUGUAUUGUGAAUCCAGCACAUAUCCAAUAUUGCAUGGUUCUGCCCUGUUUUCCCGUGGAGAUACUCAGGUGUUGUGCACAGUUACCCUUGGUGCUCCUGGUGAUGCUCAGCGAUUGGAUUCAAUUGUUGGCCCUCCAUCAAAGCGUUUCAUGCUUCACUAUAGUUUUCCACCAUUUUCAAUCAAUGAAGUUGCCAAACGUGGGGGUUUGAAUCGACGUGAAGUUGGACAUGGCACUCUUGCUGAGAAAGCACUGCUUGCUGUGCUUCCUCCAGAAGGUGACUUCCCAUAUACUGUUCGGAUAAAUUCAGAAGUCAUGGCCUCUGACGGUUCAACAUCAAUGGCAUCAGUGUGUGGAGGAAGCAUGGCUUUAAUGGAUGCUGGAAUACCUGUUAGGGAACACGUUGCUGGUGUUUCAGUGGGUCUUGUCAGUGAAGUAGACCCAAUGACUGGAGAUAUUUCUACUUAUCGUAUAUUAACAGACAUUUUAGGUCUUGAAGAUCACCUCGGUGACAUGGACUUCAAAAUUGCAGGAACAAGGAAAGGUAUUACUGCUAUUCAGCUGGAUAUAAAACCUGCUGGAAUACCGUUGGACAUAGUGUGUGAAAGCUUGGAGCCUGCACGAAAGGCUCGUAAUCAAAUCCUUGACCGCAUGGAUCAGGAAAUUAGUUCUGCUCGUGCUAUCAAUGAUGGAAGUGCUCCUCGAUUAGCCACACUGAGCUUUAGCAGUGAUUCUCUUAGGAAGUUGCUUUUCCACAGGAAAAAAAUUGAGCAAGAAACAGGUGCAAGGGUAUCUGUUAGUGAUGGUACGGUCACUAUUGUUGCUAAAACUCAGGCAGUUAUGGAUAAGGCUCUCGAGAAGGUGGAGUUUCUUGUCGGACGUGAAAUUGAAGUUGGCAAGACAUACAAAGGAAUUGUUUCCUCAAUAAAGGAGUAUGGCGCUUUUGUGGAUUUCAAUGGUGGGCAGCAAGGUCUUCUGCACAUUUCUGAGCUGUCACAUGAACCGGUUUCAAAAGUCUCAGAUAUUGUAACUGUUGGGCAAGUGCUCUCACUGACGUGCAUUGGACAGGAUGUGAGGGGUAAUAUUAAACUUUCGCUCAAAGCAACCCUACCUCAUCCACCUAAAAAGAAGUCAGCAAGUGAGGACACUACUCCUUCCCCCAGUCAAAACGUUAUUGGUUGGGCCGCUGUGGACAACAUGCCCAGCAAGGACCCUGGUGUUGAGCCACCUAAUAGCAAAGAUGAAGACGUCACGAUUGAGGACACACCUUCAUUUUCUACUCCUUCAGUUAUAAUUCGCAGUGCUGUUGACUGUGAUGCCCAAGAUGAUGCAAAUGGUCCUGCUAAGAAACGUUCAAAGGUUGCAAGUUCAAAGGUUGCAAAGUCAUCUCCUAGAGUAUAUAAACAAGCCAAAGAACAACAGGAGGUUAGGACAGUAGCCGCUAAGAAAGCAUCAAGUACAUCGUCUGUCAAGAAAAAUAAGAAAGUGAAGGCUGAUGAUUCUGGAAGUAAUGGGCUCGAUAACAUCCCAGAACUAGACAUAAGCAACACCCUGAAGUCUUCGGUUCUCAAGAACUUCCGUUCAGGCUCUAUGAAGCUGGGUGACGUAGUUACAGCUAAGGUCUACCAGAUAAGGGCCUAUGGACUCGUACUGGAGCUUAGUGAUGGAGUUCGUGGAAUGCAUAAAUUUGUGGAAAGCAGCCGAAAGAAUUUUGAGAUCGGAGAGGAAUUACUUGUGAAAUGCGCAAGCUUCAAUGCCAAGGGUGUCCCAGUCUUCUCAUUGCUGGAUUAGUAUCAAUUUUUUUUGUUGGCACUAUUUACGUUUCGCUAGAUGUCUAUGGAGAUAGACACUUGUAAAUUUGUAGCAGUUAAUUGAUCAUUUAAUUAACGUGAGGAAAAAAGUGAAGCGGUCUCCAAUUUUGUCGGAAUGGUCAAAGUUUUGUGUUUUUGCGGUCCUCGUGAGCAUUUUGCUCCUGCAUUUUCUCAUAGAAGGGAUGGAAAGAUUGAUCCUGUGAUUCAACUGUAAUGUACAAACACUAGGCAGCUUGAUGCGACAUUUGUAUAUUGUGACAUCCACAAUGUUGCUUAUUUAUCGCUUCAAAUAAUCGUAACAGUAUGUAUCA